AUGGUGUCGGUGCAAACUAUCGCGACGAUCGUCGUGAAGACAUUCAAAAUUGUAUUGAACAUAGUAAUUCUGGUUCUUUACCGAACUGGUUACAAUGGAGAGUUCUUGGGAGUGGGAGGUACGUGGAACCUCAAUGAAGAGAAGAAUCCCGAUGCUGAGAUCGUGGCCUCUGGAGUCAUCGUGGGUUACCUCAUAUACACACUUGUGCAAAUGGUCACAUAUCUUUUUGGUACCACUGAGCAUAAGAGGGCAUUGUCAGAGAUAGUGAUGAACUUCGUGGGUGUGUUUAUGUGGAUCGCCGUGGGUGCCGUGGCCCUGCACUACUGGGGAGGUUACCAGGGAGAGCACCAGUACCAGUUCGUGUUUGCUGAGAAACAGGUGGGUAUUGCCGUCGGUGCCCUCUGCGUGAUCAACGGAGCAGUGUACCUCUUAGACACAGCACUCUCCGUCAUACACUUCACCAAGGAGAUGUAA